GAGUUUGCUGUUUCACUCGUGGAGAAGAUGCAGGCUCAGGAAAUCCUGCGGAGCCUGCGGCUCCCCGAGUUCGAUGACCUCAGCCAGUUUUUCCGCAACCUGCCAGCCACGGCGCUGGUGGGCAUCGGUGCCUUCGCGGCCGUCAUCGCCUACUGGUUUGCCAGCCGGCCCAGGGCCGUGAAACCGCCCUGCGACCUGCAGAUGCAGUCGGAGGAAGUCGAGGGCUUGGCUGGGGCACGUCGGUCGGUGAUUGGGGACAGCCCGCAGCUGCUGACGCACUACUACGACGACGCCAGGACCAUGUACGAGGUCUUCAGGAGGGGAUUCAGCAUCUCCGAAAACGGCCCCUGCCUGGGGUUCAGGAAGCCCAAGCAGCCCUACCAGUGGCUGUCCUACAAGGAGGUGGCUGAAAGAGCAGAAGCUCUGGGUUCAGGGCUUCUUCAGCAGGGCUGCAAGCCAUGCGCAAAGCAGUUCAUUGGAGUUUUUGCUCAAAACCGUCCAGAGUGGAUCAUUUCCGAGCUGGCUUGCUACACCUACUCCAUGGUGGUGGUUCCCCUCUACGACACCUUAGGUCCUGGAGCCAUUCGUUACAUCGUCAACACAGCUGACAUUUCCACAGUCAUUUGUGACAAACCUGAAAAAGCCAGAAUACUCCUCGACCACGUGGAGAGGAGAGAAACACCAGGUCUGAGCUCCAUCAUCUUGAUGGACCCGUUUGAGAAGGAGCUGAUGGAGAGAGGGAGUCGCUGUGGGGUUCGCAUCCAGACCAUGCAAGAGGUGGAGGACUGUGGCCUUGAGAGUCGACAUGUGCCUGUGCCCCCGCGACCAGAAGAUCUAUCAAUUGUCUGUUUUACUAGUGGCACUACAGGUAAAAGAAGAGGCGUUUUAAUCUUGAAAUGUUAG